AGGAUCAUCCCCAGAACUCUUUCUUACCUUUAUCAGCAUUUCAGCAAGAACAACAGCAUGAUCUAUACAACUCAUAUAUCGUACCUGGAAAUCUACAAUGAGACAGGCUUUGAUCUACUGAAUCCCCAACAUGAGACAUCUCGUCUGGAAGACUUGCAAAAGGUGACAGUCAUGGAAGAUCCAGACCAGAAUAUUCAUCUCAAGAACCUAUCAUUAAAACAAUCGGCAAAUGAAGAGGAAGCUUUGGAUUUGCUCUUUUUAGGAGACACUAAUCGUAUGAUCGCAGAGACGCCUAUGAACCAGGCUUCACGCUCUCACUGCAUCUUUACCAUUCACCUGUGCAGCAAGGAGCUGGGUUCAGCCAUGGUACGGCACUCAAAGCUGCACCUGGUGGAUCUGGCUGGGUCUGAAAGAGUGGGAAAGACAGGUGUGGGUGGUCAAAUUCUAACAGAAGCAAAAUAUAUUAACCUCUCUCUGCACUACUUGGAGCAGGUCAUCAUAGCCUUGUCGGAGAAGAAUAGAUCCCACAUCCCUUAUCGCAAUUCCAUGAUGACCUCUGUGCUUAGAGACAGUUUGGGCGGUAACUGCAUGACCACCAUGAUUGCUACUGUGUGUGCAGAGAGAGGAGGAAUUCAGGAGUCUAUAUCCACCUGCCGUUUUGCUCAAAGGGUGGCUUUGAUUAAGAAUGAUGCUUUACUCAAUGAAGAACUGGAUCCUUCUCUGCUGAUUGUCCAGUUGAAGAAGGAAAUCCAGUCUUUGAAGGAAGAGCUGGCUCUGGUUAUUGGAGAACAAAGGAGUGACAAGCUAACUCAAGAAGAAGUCCAGCAGUUGGAAGAGCAGAUAAAUGUGUAUCUGGAGGACCCUGACAGUGAAGUAACUUUAAACCUUGGGCCUGAUAUGAGAAAAAUCCAGUUUUGUUUCUCUACGCUAAAGAUGAAGGUACGAGAGGGAUCCUGUACUCAAAAUGGGGAGAGUAUCAACAGUACUCCUUUAAUGGGCCUGUCUGAUGAAGAACAGAGAAAAUCAUAUGCAGAAGUCCAAAAGCUGCAGGACAAGUUGACCCACCGUGAUAAUGAGAUCAGUAUAUUAGUGAGCAUGCUUAAAAAGGAAAAGAAGAAAGUUCAAGAUGUCACUUCGCAACUGGCCCAGAUACACAAUCAAAACCCAUCAACCUACAAUUCAUCUUGGUCACCCACAACAAUACAUGUGGAAAAGAAUGCAAAAUAUGACCCAUCUAAUGAUUACACACAUGUUCAGCAUUUGAUGACCAGAAAAAUAGAAAUGAAAUUAUCUGUGGGUCAGCAAGAGGCAUUUGAAAUCUUUUUGAGAGACCAUGAAGAUCGUUUACUAAUUGAAAACAACAGAGCUGUUUUGCAACAAAGGUUUGUUGAAGCAAAACCCUUGGUGAGCAAGUUAACCAGAUUAGGAUCAGAGUCAAUGAACUGAAGUCCCAGCUGAAAAUUAGACGAAAGCAAAUAGCAGCCCAAGGGUCACAGUGCAGAGAACACAGAAAGCAGUCCCGACAGCCCUCUCAGCUGCUUGUUAACCAGGAGCGGCAAAAUAAGAACAUUUCUAAUUAAGAACAGAGGAGGACAAAAAAUGAACUCACACAUAACUGCAAAACUGUGGACCAGGUCAAUCACCAAAGGGCACCUUAAUGACUCCUAAGUAUGUCAAAACCCUGAUUUUGAACUAGACAAAAAUGUCUGGUUCAGAAGAAGCUGGGCACUCUAACAAUUAUAACAGCAUCAUUCUAUAUUACAUAUCACAGUUUACAACCUGGCUGGUUAUUAAUAUGUUGCCUUUCAGUGGAGAACAUACUAGAAUGAGGAGUUUAAUUUAAAGAUGUUGUAGUUAGAUAGCAACCAUAUGUAUUGUUGGUAAAGGGAUCUAUUUCAUCUGAGCAAAAGUGUUUUCAAGUUAUUGUAAAGUGUUAUAUAUAAGUUCUGCUGUAAAAUAUUGUCAUUGUUUUAUGAUUUUAUGUUUUAUGGUCUUAUAAAACUGUCAAAUAUUUUUAUUGUUUACAAAUGUUUUAUUAAAUUACAUUACUGUCAUUUUUGAGAUGUAAAAAGAUUCUCUUUUCAAUCAAUGGUAAAUUGUUUCUGGCUACUUUGCUUAUUGCUUCAUGCUUUGCUCCGUGUUUAUGUACUUUUUGUGUUUUGUAACUUCAGCAAAUCAUCACAGUGCUCAAAAAACACUUUUUUUUCAGAAGCACAGAAACUAAAAUCUUUUUGGGACUGGAAUAAUAUUAUAAAAAAAGACUCUUUGAUGGAAAAAAUCUACUUGCUGCAUG